AUCUCACCCUCUCCCCUCCAAUCUUCUUCUCUCUCCUCUUUCCCUCCCAUUUCCUCGCACCCAAAAAAAAAAAAAAAAAAAAAUCCGAAACCCUCGACCACCACCAUGAGAGAAAUCCUCCACAUCCAGGGCGGCCAGUGCGGCAACCAAAUCGGCGCCAAGUUCUGGGAAGUCAUCUGCGACGAGCACGGCAUCGACACCACCGGCCGUUACUGCGGCGACGCCGAGCUCCAGCUCGAGCGCAUCAAUGUCUAUUACAACGAGGCCAGCGGCGGAAGGUACGUCCCACGCGCCAUCUUGAUGGAUCUCGAGCCCGGCACCAUGGACUCCGUCCGAUCCGGCCCCUUCGGCCAGAUUUUCAGGCCCGAUAACUUCGUCUUCGGCCAGUCCGGGGCCGGGAACAACUGGGCCAAGGGCCAUUAUACUGAAGGCGCCGAGCUCAUCGAUUCCGUUCUUGAUGUCGUCCGUAAGGAAGCUGAGAAUUGCGAUUGCCUACAGGGAUUUCAAGUGUGUCAUUCUUUGGGUGGAGGCACCGGCUCAGGGAUGGGAACUCUUCUUAUUUCAAAGAUCAGGGAGGAGUACCCGGAUCGGAUGAUGCUGACAUUUUCGGUCUUUCCUUCUCCAAAGGUGUCGGACACGGUUGUGGAGCCGUACAAUGCGACCCUAUCCGUGCACCAGCUUGUAGAAAAUGCUGAUGAAUGUAUGGUUUUGGACAAUGAGGCUCUGUAUGACAUCUGCUUUCGGACUCUCAAGCUUGCCACCCCUACUUUUGGUGAUCUUAACCACCUAAUCUCUGCCACCAUGAGUGGUGUCACAUGCUGUCUUCGGUUCCCUGGACAGCUGAACUCUGACCUUCGAAAGCUUGCAGUCAACCUUAUCCCUUUUCCGCGUCUCCAUUUCUUUAUGGUUGGGUUUGCACCCCUGACCUCAAGAGGAUCACAGCAGUACCGUUCUCUGACUGUGCCUGAGUUGACCCAGCAGAUGUGGGAUGCCAAAAACAUGAUGUGUGCUGCUGAUCCACGCCAUGGACGUUACCUUACUGCUUCUGCCAUGUUCCGUGGUAAGAUGAGCACCAAAGAAGUUGAUGAACAGAUGAUUAACGUCCAGAACAAGAACUCCUCAUACUUUGUUGAGUGGAUUCCCAAUAAUGUCAAGUCCAGUGUGUGUGACAUCCCACCAAAGGGUUUGGCAAUGGCUUCCACUUUUAUUGGGAACUCAACUUCCAUCCAGGAAAUGUUCAGGAGGGUUAGUGAGCAAUUCACAGCUAUGUUCAGGCGAAAGGCUUUCUUACAUUGGUACACUGGGGAGGGAAUGGAUGAGAUGGAGUUCACCGAGGCUGAGAGUAACAUGAAUGAUCUGGUGGCUGAGUACCAGCAAUACCAGGAUGCAACUGCCGAGUAUGAGGAGGAGUAUGAGGAGGAGGAAGAGGAGGUUGCUGCUUGAUGUGUCUUUGCAGUUUCUUCAUUUUGUAUUGUUGGGUUACUAUGUACGAGUGGUUGUUGAAUGCUCAUUCAAUUUAGAAUCAACAUGAAAUCUGUUGUGGGGUUGUUGUAUAAGAGACGGGUUUUUGAUUAAAACGCUUUUGUGUUGGAUUUGAAUGUUCAGUUGCACCGAGUAGGGCAUAUAAUGUGAAUAAUAUGUUUUGAUGAUGAA